AUGUCCUCCUCGCAGUCGCCCCUCAGAGUGUCGAUGAGCCCGUCGACGGAUUUCUCCUCGAAUAACUCCCCCCCACAGGCCCUCACGUCCGACUGGUCUCAAUGGAUGCACUUGCCUCCGAAAACAGAAAUCAAGACGAUCGACACCAACCACACCCUUCCUCUAAAAUGUUUCGACCCUCCUCCGCCUGUGGACUCCGCAUUCACAUUUACGGCAGGCUCAUUACCACUAUGUGAGACCGUCAGCCCUCAGGAACCAUCAUGCGUGUCUGAUACCUCUCCUGCUCCCUCCGACUUCUUUGAUUCUGCCCUCAGCCCUGGCGUGGCCGAUGGGCGAUGGAAUAACUCUGGGGCAACAAUACCUCUGCCUGCUGACAACCAUCGCACGAAACCGCCAGAAGGGAAGAAGUGUAGCUUGCACCCCUCUGCACCCUUGCCGUCCUUCCCAAUAACGGAUCGGAAAAGAAAGACGCGACCAGAUGAGCCUCCGGGCUCAGCUGGCGCAGGCGAUUCCCCCGUGACUUCUUCAAAGAACCUGCCGUCAAAGAAGCGGUCACACAACGUCAUUGAAAAACGAUACCGUGCCAAUCUGAACGAGAAAAUCGCUGAACUGCGAGACAGCGUGCCGUCCCUCCGAGCUCUUGCGAAACAGAAAAGUGGAAUCUCUUGCCAAGCGGUUCAGGAUGACGAUGAGAUCGUCUCGUCAUCCAACAAGCUCAACAAAGCUUCCAUUCUGUCCAAGGCCACUGAGUAUAUCCGCCAUCUGGAGCUGCGGAAUAAACGCUUGGAGGAAGAAAACGUCGCCCUGAAAAAUCGACUGCGGCAGUUAGAGAAAGUCCAGGAACAGAGCGUGGUGAACUAUGCAUCCAUGUCGGGUUCCGUCUCAUCACCGGACGCCUACACCGUCUCCACGGACUCCGGCACUGGGUCUUCACCCGGCGUCUUUUCACAGAACGAUGACCCUUCACCCGAAAGCUCGCCCAAUCCCCUUUACCCGCCCGAGGGACUAAUCAAAGUCCCCGAGUACUUUAAACGCAUGCGUAUGACCGGCCCUCAACCGCACUAUGCGGAUUCUUUCAUCCAACGACCAAAUACUACAACCACAACCUAUACAUCCUCGGAGAGGAAGAGGACCUUCAUCCCCAACAAGUUUAUGCUUGGCACUCUGGCUGCUCUGAUGAUAGUUGGCGGCUUCGAGAGCCACAAGUCGGAGUCUUCUGAGAAAGGGUUGCUGGGUUUACCGCUCCAAUUUGCUGGCGAAAUUCAUCGGUUUUGUCAAACGCAUCUCUGCUUCCCAACGACAACGUCCUGGCAGAUCCGUGCCUUAUCUCAUUUCGCGUUAACUUCUCUCGUCGUUGUUGGGGCCGCUUUUGCCGUUUUUCUCUAUCUCUUCAAUUCAGCUCCAAGGCGGGCGAAGCACCCGGCAAAAUCAACCACUGGUUCAAGAAACCCAGCUGCUGUUUCGCCAAUCGAGUUCCGACGGGAAGCCUGGCUUACAAGCAUCCAGACCGUCUGGGUACCCAGUCACAACUUCUUCCCGGAGUGGUUUGCGGUGACGUGGCGUUGCAUGGAAUAUGUCCUGAGCUGCAUUCUAGGCUGGAAGCUGUAUUCCUGGCUCACAGGGAUUACGGAAGAAGAUGAGACGGCCAGGGCCAAGGCGUGGGACAUCGCGAUCGACGCUCAACUGACUGGCGGAGACCCUGAAGUCAGCAAGAGCCGAAUGGUUCUGACUAUCUUUGCCGCUGGCACCUUGCCGUCAACCCCAGCACGGGUCAUGUUGAAAGCUCUCCACUGCCGUCUCCUGCUCUGGAUGGUGGGUUCCCGCGGCUCUUGGGCCUUUAGGCUCUCAAACCACAUUGCUUUUCUUCUGGCCAGCUAUCAAUGGGAGAUAGCGAGAAACUUGCAAAAGAGCCUGCCCAAAGAUCAUGACGAUUCUCUCCCAGACCACCUUGCCACUCUGCUCGACGCAAACAUCGACGAUGUCAUGACCGAUGCAAUCAUUCAGCGAGCAUCGAACAUGGCAUGGAACAGAUGUACACAGGAAGCUACAUAUGGCGAAGAUGCCAUGCUGGAUAUUGUGGUUGAAGAUACCGCUGUACGCUCGCCCCUUGAUGCUCUUGCGGCUUGGUGGUCGAGCAGGGCCCUACAGAACGCAUUGAUCCAUUGCCUUGAUGUCGAUACUGUCGAACCGUCCGCUCAACGCACAAAGGCCUUUGAACAAGGCCUGACUCUGGCGUUGAAUGUUGCACCUAUCGCAUCCGCUGCUUACACACGAGCUGCGGUGAUAAAAGCUGUUUUCUUCGACGAAGACAGAGUAGCAAAUAUCAACACCACACUUGCUGCUCUUCCACGAUCCAAAAGCCAACCAGCCAUCAGCAGCACUAAUUUUCUGGACUCAUCCGUCCCGCCAUCGGCGAGGGCUGAGAUAUCCAUUGCUGUUCGUUGCGCCAUGAUCGCAGCCAUCCUGCGGGGCCAAGUAGACACCAAUCCAGUCACCUCCCCUCAGUUGACUCUUGAAAAUGCAAUUACCCUCUUCAACAUCCUCCCAGUCGAUCCCGUCGAGCUGACACUGCUUGGCUUUGCAUCGCUAUAUCACCUCCUGCAUGUCGUUGCAGCUGAGCCGUGGAUGGUAUUGGGCUCUUCUCUUUCUUCGCCCAUAUCCUCGUCCUCAUCCGAUACCUCCUCGGCCCGGCAGGACGGUGAAUCAUCCGAUACUGAUGGCCAUACUCUUCCGACCCCUGAUCUCGCCCGUAUUGCCUCGGGUCUCAUCUACUGGGUUCGCAACGCUUAUAACCCCGUGUCCUCCGGGUUCGAUAUGGAACUAGUUGAGAAGGCUGUCAAGGGAUGCGUUGAUGUCUGCCAGAGCGUUGGCAUUCCCAUUGAAGCUGCCGAGAUACAAUGGGAAGGCCAUCUUGUUAACAAUAGCGCACAAGGCUCCCAAAUCACCCAGUCCACCGCUAGUGAGGGUCGGACAAGCCAUAGUGGUGAUGGAGGGUGGGAAGAAUCGCAGCAAAAUGUCGAGAACGUGCGUCGUGAGAGUUUAGAGAGCACGGACACGGGUUAUGGAAGUUUGAGCCAGGAAGACGAACGGGCGGAUAACAAAGAAAUAAAGAUCACGGCUACGCAGCGAGUGGAGGGAGUUUUAUCUCACCAAUUAGGUUCUUCUCGAUGA